AUGUCCACGACACCCUCCUCCAGCUCGUGGGAUCACACUCCCGAUGCCGGGUCAGCCGGCCUGCUGUUUUUCGGCAACGAUUUCCCAAGUGACCACGCAGGGAACCUCUUCCGCGCGCUCUCACGGUCUAGCGCGCACCUCAAGUGCGCCCAGCUGGCGCAUUUCAUCAAACUGUGCAACCAUGUUCUCAAGGACGAGAUCUCGAAGUUGCCCAAGCGGUGGCAGGACGAAGUUCCCUGCUUCGACAACGUCCUCGACCUGAUCGACGACGAAAAGUUCCGCAAAGGCCCGCUCGGAGGCGCCGUCGAAGGCGUGUUCCUCAUCAUAUUCCAGAUUGGCAUGCUCAUCGGCCACCACGAAAUCAAAUCAACGCCGUACGAGUUCGGCCCACGCUCGGCACCGACACUAGCCGGCUUGGGCGUCGGCCUCCUCUCAGCCGCCGCCGUCUCCGCGGCUCCGGACCUCGCCAAACUCGGCUCUACGGGUGCCCAAGCCGUACGCGUGGCCUUCCGGCUCGGCAUCCACGUGUACGACACCUCGGAGCAGCUCGAGCCCCCGCAGACAGACGCCGGCGAUCCGUGGGCAUUUGUUGUUCCCGGCCUGAGCGCCGAGGACGUCCAGGCCGAGCUGGACGGCUACAACGCCAAGACGGCCGCCCCGGUGCUCGCCCGCAUCUUCAUCAGCGCCGCCGACCAAACAUCCGUUACCAUCAGCGGGCCGCCGAACCGUCUGCGGAACUGCCUAAAGAGCUCCGGCGCGCUGCGGUACUCCAACUUCUUCCCGCUCCCGGUCCAUCACGGGCUGUGCCACGCCCCUCAUAUUUACCAUACCGGCGACGUCCAGGCCAUCAUUUCGGGAGAGCCCGAUGAGACGGGGAAGCUGUCGAUACGCAUUCCGCUCCUCUCUUCCGAUACGGGACGGCCGUACGAGGCGGAGGAUUUAGAUGACCUGCUCGGCCAGCUUGUCGUUGAGAUCUUGAUGCACAAGAUGCAUAUUGACAACGUUGCUGAGGGCAUCGCCGCCACGCUCGAGCCGCCGGCGUCGCUGGGUGAAGCACAGCAACACCUGACGCUGUGGACCUUCCGGAGCUCCAUGGUGCUCAAGGCCAUCAUCAGGAGCGUCGAGGGCCGGUGCGAGGGCCGGAUCGUCCUGACGCAACACGACCUGGUCGAGUGGUCCAAGAGCAACGAGUGUGAGGCAGCCCAGAUCCCGCGCUCGCCGAAACGCUCCAAGCUGGCGGUCGUGGGCAUGUCCUGCCGGCUUCCAGGGGGCGCCGACGACACGGAACUAUUCUGGAAGCUUAUGAUGGACAAGCGGGACGUUCAUACAACGGUGCCGCCGGACCGGUUCGAUCUGAGCACGCACUUUGAUCCGACGGGGCGGACGGAGAAUGCCACGCAGACGCCUUUCAUGAACUACAUGGAGAAUCCAGGCCACUUCGAUGCCGGUUUCUUCAACAUAUCACCCAAGGAGGCAGAGCAGAUGGACCCGAUGCACCGGCUCGCGCUCGUGACCGCAUACGAAGCCCUCGAGAUGUCUGGGUACGCGCCCAACAGAACCAGAUCCACGGCGGGACCUCGUAUAGGAACGUACUACGGCCAGGCGAGUGACGACUGGCGCGAGCUCAACGCCAGCCAGAACAUUGGCACGUACGCCGUUCCCAGCGGCGAGCGCGGUUUCGCCAACGGGCGGAUCAACUACUUUUUCAAGUUCAGCGGUCCCAGCUUUAACAUGGACACGGCGUGCUCAAGCGGCCUCGCCGCCGUCAACGCAGCCUGCUCCGCCCUCUGGGCCGGCGAGGUUGACACAGCGCUGGCGGGCGGGCUGAACGUUAUCACUGACCCGGACAACUUCUGCCAGCUCGGUAAGGGCCACUUCCUCUCGCUCACAGGCCAGUGCAAGGUCUGGGAUGAAGCGGCAGACGGCUAUUGUAGAGCCGAUGGCGUGGGCAGCGUCGUCAUCAAGCGGCUGGACGACGCACUCGCCGACAACGAUACAAUCCUCGCCACCAUCCUGGCCGCCAAUACAAACCAUUCAGCUGAGGCCGUCUCCAUCACGCACCCUCACGCGCCCACGCAGGCCGACAACUACAGAAAAGUUAUGGCCAAGGCCGGCAUCUCCCCGCUGGAUGUCAGCUACGUCGAGCUGCACGGCACCGGCACCCAGGCCGGGGACCGCGAGGAGGCCCGCUCCGUAUCGGACGUCUUCGCCCCGGCGGGUCCCGGUCCACGGCGCAAGAAGAAAAACCGCCUGCGCCUCGGCGCCGUAAAGAGCAACAUUGGCCACGGCGAGGCCGCCGCAGGCAUCGCCUCCUUCAUCAAGGUCUUGCUCAUGUACCAGAAGGGCGCUGUCCCGCCGCAGAUCGGCGUCCCUAAACUCAACCCCACCCUGCCGCCGGACCUGGAGGAGCGCAACGUCGGGCUCAACUGGGAAUACUCCGAGUGGCCGCGCACCGACCGGGCUCCAGGCCGCCUCGCCGUCGUUAACAGCUUCGGCGCGCACGGCGGUAACACCACCGUCCUCCUGGCUGACCCGCCGGACCGCUCCGUCGUUGGGAAAGACCCCCGCUCUGUCUUCCCUCUCGUCCUCUCGGCCCGGAGCAAGUCCUCUCUCAAGAUGAAUGCCGAGGCACUGCUGGCGUACCUCGACGGCGACGGCAGCGAUACUGAACUCGGCCAUCUCUCAUACACCCUGACCGCGCGGCGCAUCCAUCACCCGUUUCGCAUUGGGGACUCGGUCAAGGAUAUUGCCGGGGCGAGACGCUUCCUCUCCACUGAGUUGGAUAGGAUGAGAGAGCAGCCGCAACAGAUCACCUCGGUGCCGCUGAAGAGCUCGACCGUCGCCUUUGCCUUCACUGGGCAGGGCGCCUUCUACGAGGGCAUGGGCGCGCGGCUGUAUGCCCACUGCGCAGUCUUCCGCGAGGCCGUAGACCGCCUUGACCUCCUGGCACAGUCGCUGCACCUCGAUGACGUCGGGUCGGUGGUCCCCAUCAUCGAGGGCACUGUCUCCCGUGAAGAGGUCUCCCCAGUCGCGUCCCAGGUGGCCAUCGUCCUCAUCGAGCUGGCCUUGACGCACUACUGGGCUGCUCUCGGCGUCAGGCCGUCCAUGGUCAUGGGCCACAGCCUCGGCGAGUUCGCCGCCCUGGCAGCCGCCGGUGUGCUCUCUGAUCUGGACGCACUCCAUCUGGCCGCUGGGCGCGCCAAGCUGAUGGGCAUUCACUGCAAAGUGGACACGCACGGCAUGAUGGCCGUCCGAUGCACCCCCGAGCAUCUGAGGGAGCAUCUCGCGGGGCGCGAGGCUGAAUACGAGGUGGCCUGCUUCAAUGGCGAGUCUGAUCUUGUCAUCAGCGCGAGCAGGGAGCGGCUAGACCUUCUAUCCGGCGUGCUGACCGCCGCCGGUGUCAAGUCGACCAUGCUCAAGGUCCCGUACGCGUUCCACUCGGAGCAGAUGGACCCCGUCGUGGCCCCUUUUCUCGAACUCGCUGAGCAUGCCGUGUACAAGGCACCCCGGAUCCCCGUCAUCUCGCCGCUGCUGGCCGAGUGCAUCUUCGACAGCAAGACGCUCAACCACAAGUAUCUGGGCCGGGCAACGCGAGAGCCUGUUGACGUCGUCGGCGCCUUGGAUGCGGCGCAGGAGCUCGGCCUGGUGGACGCAGACACGGUGUGGAUCGAUAUUGGGCCCCAUGUGGUUGCCGGCACCAUGGUCCGCAGGAUCAUGGGCCCGACUACCGCCGUCGUGGCCUCUUUACGGCGCGGCGAGGACGACUUAGCCGUUACUGCGUCCUCCCUGACUGCCCUGCAUCUCGCGGGCGUGCCGAUCUGCUGGAACGAGUGCUUCCAGCAGCACGAGCGGGCGCACCGGGUGUUGCAUUUACCGGCGUACCGCUGGAACAACAAGAACUACUGGAUCCCGUACCUGGGUACCUGGACCCUCGACAAGGCGCAUAUCAAGGAGAAUUUGGAGAACCAGCAGCGCAGCUUGUUGCCCGGCGUGAGCAUCCACGGGUCCAGGCUGAAAACGUCCACCGUCCACGGAAUUGUGUCCGAGUUCAUGGAUCACGAGACGGCAAAUCUGGUGACGCUCUCCAACCUGCUCGACCCGGCCUUCGUCGAGGCUGUCGAGGGCCACCGCAUGAACAACCAUGGUGUUGCCUCCUCCUCCAUCUGGGCAGACAUGGCUUUCACCGUCGGCAAGUAUCUCCACGAGCUCGCGUUUCCUCAGGAAAAGGACUUUCACAUGAACCUGCUCAACAUGGAGAUCCUUCACGCGCAGGUGGCCGGCUCGCCCCAGGACGGCCCGCAGCUUAUCCAGCUCGAGGCCACGCUUGACAUCCCGACGCGCCACAUACAUCUCUUCCUGUACAACGUGUCGCACAACGGGACUCGGGCGGCCGAUCCUUACGGCAGCUGCGAGAUUCAGUUCCAAAACCCCGUUGUCUGGGACCGAGAGUGGAAGCGCGUCGAGCACCUCGUCGUCCAGCGCAUCGAGUCGCUCCACCGUCUCGCGGGUGAGGACGGCACGGCGAGCCGCGUCAGCAGGAGCAUGGCGUACAAGCUCUUCAAGAACGUGGUCGACUACGCCGAGCACUACCGCGGCAUGCAGUCUGUCGUACUGCAAGGCUACGAGGCUGUUGCCGACGUGGUCCUGGACCCCGGAGAGCGCGGCGUCUGGCACACGCCGCCGCACUGGACAGAUAGCUUGUGCCAUCUCGGCGGCUUCGUGAUGAAUGGGUCCGACGCUUCCGAUACUGCGGGGUACUUCUACGUCACGCCGGGCUGGGAGAGCUUCCGCCUCCGGAGGGCUCCCAGGGCCGGCGGCAAGUAUCGCAGCUACGUCCGGAUGGUGCCUACCGAGGACGACCCCAAGGUGUGGGCUGGUGACGUCUACAUUCUUGAAGACGACGCCGUGGUAGGCAUGAUGGGCCAGAUGAAGUUUAGGCAGAUCAAUCGGAUCCUCAUGGAUCGCUUCUUUUCUCCGGCCUCGGCAACCCAAGGCGGCAGCAACACCACCCAGAGCACCAAUACUGACCACGCUCCCGUCAAUGUGAAGGCUCCGAGUGUAGGCGCGCAUAGAAAUGCGCCAGUGGAUAAAUCCGCCCCGACUCCAGCUCCGGUGGUGAAGACAGCGCAAGAAACCCUGCCGGCUCCGGUUGUGGCGUCUGCAACGACAUCAGAGAAGGUCACAGCGAGCAAAGUGCCCAGUGGUGAUGGGCGCGAGGCUAACCCCCUCGUCGCCGGUGCAGUGGCCCUCUUGUCCAGCGAAACGGGCAUCGACGCCUUGGAGUUGACGGACAACACGACCUUCGUACAGAUUGGCGUCGACUCGCUUAUGUCGCUAGUGCUGGUGGAGAAGUUCAAAGCACAGUUGCAGGUCGAGAUCAAGAGCUCUCUGUUCAUCGAGUGCGAGACGCUCGGCCAAUUCAAGGAAUGGCUUGAGGAGAACCGAUAG